AUAUAAAAAGUAAAACCGAUAUUCUCAACUUCCUCAGAUUCUCUCACUCUUCUCCUUCUUCUUCUCACAUCUCCAUCUCUCUCUUCUUUUCCCCCAUUUUCUCUCUCCUCCAUUGUCAGUAACUCACCUGCGUUUGGAUCACACAAAUCCAAGCCAUUUUCUCUCUCCUCUUUUCGCCGACACCUCUUUCUCCUCCGCCAUUUUUAUCUUUCUUCUCCAACUAUUUCCGCCCGCAUUUCCAGUUCUUCACUCAGGUGGAUAGGUUAGAGGCGAGGAGAUCUUUGUCAUUUUGUACCAGUUGUAAUCAACAAUAGUAAAGUUGGCAGUAUGAAGCUGAGAGUUGUGAGCUUCUGACAGAGAAAAUGCCUGCUGAAUGGGGACGGGUUAUUUGCUGGACAUGAUUGAUUGAUUUACUUUCUUGUUUGAUGCAUUUGACUCGUGCGGACGUGUAUGAUCAAUGGACCAUCUUGGAAAUACUAGGAGUAUAUCUAGGGAUCAGAGAUGCACGAUUUCUCCAGAGACUAAGUUUGCUUCUCAUAUUCGUCAAGGUACGAAGUUGCGAGAUAUAUUGAUGUCUGAUAAACCCAACUUGUCAUAUGCUGAUUUCCAUCAUGAGAUUACUAGAAAUCCAGAUGAUAUCUUGCCUAAAUAUGUAGGUAGCCAACAAAGCCGGGUGUUAGAUAACAGGAUCUCUAAAGAGGACGAACUGGUCAGAUAUAUGUCAAAUUUACCGAGUUAUUUGGAGAAAGGAAAGAAUUUUCAGGAGAAAGGAUUGAAUGUUGGUGUUCUUGACUGGAGGCGCCUUGAAAAAUGGCGGUAUAGUCAAAAACAGAUGCCCGCAAAGCAAAGUGGGUGUUCUCCAUCUAGUAGCACCACUUCUCUUUUUUCAACAGAUGGUUCAUCAACCCAUUCUAGCAAAGGUCUGAGCUGCUCUCCUACUAAUCAAACAUCGCACCGCCUCUCACUGCAAUCUCCAUUGGAAGCUUCCCCGAAGGAAACUCAUGUUGGAGAUGCUAAAUCUUUUUCUGGAAGAGGUUACAGCUGCUCUCCAGCUCGUCAAAGAAUGACCCCUGUGGUUCAAUCUCAUUCACAUAAGGUAUAUGCAGAAGGAAGAACUUCUCCAGAUAUUGAGGUUUUUGGUGGAAAUGCUCAGAAGUUCCAAGAUUCGCCUGUUACUGGUAACAAUUUGAGCAGGCAACAAAGAGCUUUUGUAGCAGUACAACCGUGUGAAAGGCAGGUGCCUGAGUUGAAAUCUGCCUCAGAAAUGGGAAAACGACAAAACUUUGAUAAGUAUGAAGUGGGGGCGCCUUGGAAAGGAAAAUCAAAGAUUCAAAAUACAGAGUCUGCCAAAGAAACCAUAAGGGCACAAGAAAUGAAGUUGAGUGUCGCUAAUCAAGAAUGCUCUGGAAGGGAGAGUUCCGGGGCUGUUGUCAUGCCUAGAGAUCCAUCAGGACAUAGAUGUUCUAGUUUGACUGGCAUUUCUAGUUUUACUGUAGAUGGUAGGUUGUCAGUAGAGCCAUGUCAGAAGAGCAUUUUAGUGAAAAACAGUCUUGGUGCACGACUUUCUUCUAAAGAUGAUAACAGAAAGCACUUGGAGCCAUCCGAAUCUUGUUCUCAACUUCCUGACAGUGCCAAAAAUUUAUCUCAACAGUCAAAACUUCAUUCUGCAAAGAUAACUCAGAGUUCAUCCAAGAACAUUGCACAGUGUGUCAAAGGUGGGCCUCAAGCAUCACAUAUAUCAUUUCCUGCUAGGAUACUUAGCAGCCCAACCAGGAGCAGGAAUACAGAGGAGAAGAAACCAGUUGCUGGGUGUAGGAGUGCAACUGUACUCAAGCCUUCACAGGAAUUAGAUGCGAGAAAUCGCUCAGAGUCUAUUCCGAAAGCAAGAAACCCAUCGCCAAUUCGCAGAUUAAGCUUUGCAAUGGGAAAGAUGAUAAAGAAUGCUGGUUCCAGAGAUAACUCACCCCUUCGGUCAAGUUCAAAAGAAAGUGUUGCCAAAUCUGGGUCAGAUGUAAUGGUUGCUUCUGUAUCCAUUAAUAACCCUUGCAGUGAUAAGUUGUCUACUGAAAAUAAUAGAGGUAGGUCCAGUCCUUUAAGAAGGUUGCUUGAUCCCCUUCUUAAGCCUAGAGCGUCUAACAGUUCUGAGCCGUUAAAGAAACCUUCAUCCUCAAUGUUUGAUACCAUCAAUUCGUGCAAUGAGCCAUUAGAUUUUGGGCUUGGGCAUGGUGUUAAAGGAAAUUCGAGACCUUCCAGUGGUACUAAAUCGGGCUGUGAUGAUUUAAAGAAUGGCAUGUCGUCAUUUCAAGCUCUUCUGCAGGUAUCAUUUAAGAAUGGGCUUCCUCUGUUUACUUUUGCCAUUGACAACGAAAGCAACAUUUUAGCUGCCACAGUGAGGAAGUCUAGUGUUCCAGGGAAAGGUCAUCACAGCUGGACGUACACAUUCUUCACCAUCCGUGAAGUUAAGAGGAGGAGCGGGAAUUGGUUUAAUCAAGGAGGGAAAGGUGAAGGUCAUGGCUAUGUUCCAAAUGUUGUGGCACAAAUGAAGGUCUCAGAUUCCCCAGGUUCCUUUACCAAGCAUGACAAUGCUGGUCAUAAUAUCACCAGAGAAUUUGAUCUGUUUGCAGUGGAUGUUGGACAAGGAGAUCAAUAUGCUACUGAUUUCCAUCCAACUAAUGAGCUGGCAGCCAUUGUUGUCAAACUUCCGAAAAGUAUUACUGAAAAUGGUAGUAAAGAUGACCAGUAUAGCUAUAACUGGCUAGACUUGUUACAAGAUUCUAGAGAGAACUUGCAGGGGAUGAGAUCUGGUGAUAAUUUACAACAUCAGCAAUGUUGUUUAAGUCUGAACUUAAGCACAACAGUCAUACUUCCAGGUGGUGUUCAUACGGUUCCUAGUAAAGGAGAAAUAUCAACACUAGCCGAGAGAUGGAGGUCUGGUGGGUCAUGUGAUUGUGGUGGAUGGGAUUUGGGUUGUCAGCUGAGAGUGCAUACCAAUAAUAAAGAAUAUGAAAAGAAAAUGGGUUCUUCUGGAAUGUUCCUGAACAAGGACAAGUUUCAAAUUUUCUCUCAGGGGAAUCACGAUCACAAACCAGUAUUGAGUUUGGCACCAUUCAAGGAAAGGAUAUACUCGGUGGAAUUCGGUUCAUCACUGUCACUUUUACAAGCAUUUGCUAUCUGUAUAUCAUUUAUAGAUAGUAGAAGACCACCUGAACUCUCAGAACCAAGCACUGUUAUUGAAAAAAUUGCUAACGAGGCAGGCGUUUUUGAGGUUGCAAUGCGAACAAACCAAGGAGAAGCUCCUGCAAAAUACGUCUCAUAUCCACCCCAUUCUCCUGUUGGGAGAGUCUAAUAAUUUCUUCUGAGGGAUAUGACUCAUCAGCUUACAACUUCCUACAUUUAAUUAGACCAUAUAUUUUUGUCUUUUCUUUCUCCUGAGGAGAUUUAUAGGGCAGAAAAUGGAGGGAUCCUUAAGAUCAGUGGCGGGAUCUGACUCCUGUAAUGGAUAAAGGUAGCGAUAAUUAUCUUGUAAUUACUAUCCCUCUUGAUAAAUAAAUUUCUGUAAAAUAGUAAAAAGGCGUUGCUUUUGUACUAAACAAGUAGAUUAGUAUGUAAGUGUGCAUUUUGGAGAGGAAAGUAUCUACUGGAAUCAAAUAAUGUAUUGCUUUAUUAA